AUGGCUCCUCCUCAAUUAAAUUCCAAGAAACCCAAGAAGAUGAAGAUGAAGAUGAAGCCGCAGGUUCUUAAAAUCGACGCCAAUGGUGGCUCUGUUCUGAAACCCGCCUUGGCCAGGAGAAUGUCCACUCUGAAGAAAAAGGCCAGCGAACUCUCGACAUUGUGCGACGUUGCCGUCUGCGUGGUCUCUGUUGGGGCCAACAGAGAAAUCGAGACUUGGCCGGAAAACCAACAAGAAGCGAAAUCAAUUCUUCUCAAACACAAGAAUCUAGGGAAAUUGGGAAAGAAAAUUGAAAAGGGUUCAUUCUCGGCCAGAAAGGGUACUGAUUACAGUUUCUUGGAAACCAUGUUAGAGGCUUUGAAUGAGAGAAUUGGAGUUGUGAUGAUGAGGGAUGGUGGUGGUACCAAAACUAGAACAACUAGUACCUGCAGUUUCAUGGAAUUCUACGAGAAUAUCAUGGGGACUAGUGUGCUACCAGAUCCACCCGAUCAACAACAAUCAAUGUUGCUUGUUGAUCAAGUUCCUCAUCACCAACAAGAAGAUUAUUCCACCACAAAUUAA